GGAUCUAUGAUUAUUCUGGUACUAAAUCCACAGCAAUUGACCGCCGAGGAGAUAACCCAAGAAAAGGCCGACAUUUUGCACUUCUUUGAAUCAAACCGCGAUUUGAAUGUGAGUUGCGUUUACAUUCACAUCUCAGCCAAAAGGCAUGAGAUAUCGACCGAGUGUUUGGAACACCUGUACGGCGAGCCCACCAUUUCGGAGACCAUGCAACUGGACGACCGAUCGCUAACCUUCCGAAUCAGUCCACUGGCCUUCUUCCAGAUCAACACAUUGGGCGCACAGUUAUGCUAUAAUGCAAUCUCGGAUCUCAUUCAACCAAACGCCGAGCAAAUACUUCUCGACAUAUGCUGCGGAACGGGAACUAUAGGCCUGUCGUUGGCAUCGAAAGUGAAAAAGGUUUUCGGCAUCGAAUUGAGUGCCGACGCCAUCAGUGACGCCAAAUUCAACGCACAAAUGAAUGGCAUCUCUAAUGUCGAGUUCAUCGAAGGCAAGGCUGAAGAGCACGUGUCAAGUGUUUUGGACUCUUGUGGCGACACACCAGUAGUCGCUGUGAUAGACCCGCCCAGAGCUGGACUCAAUAACUCCAUCGUUCGAGUCCUAAGGAGCCAUCCGUUGCUCAAGAGACUGGUUUACGUGUCGUGCGAUCCCCACAAAGCCAUUAAGAAUCUGAUUGACUUAUGUCGCCCGCCAUCCAAGACAUACAAAGGCCAGCCAUUCGUGCCAAUGAGGGCCAUACCCGUCGACCUCUUCCCCCAUACGAAUCGAUGCGAAUUAGUUGUCUUAUUCGAGAGACUCGAAUGGAGUCAAUGAGUGAACGCUUUAUUGAAAGACAAUUUUAUAUACCAUUGAAUGUAUAUAUCAUUUAUUACGGC